UAGUUUUUUCAUUGAUCUGCCAAAUAUUCCCGUUGAAAAUUUUAAAUAUUUUAGAGACACAUUUGAAAUCAACACCGCGUCUACACCAACACACUAGUGGUGUGAUCAUCAGUUGAGGUCUUCAGGUUUACAAAGGUGUUAUGUGUAGCAUUCCCAUGCCGAUAUCUUGCUAUCUACCCCUUAGCAUUGAAUAAACUUGCCAGAUCUGCCAUUACCGAUCUCCUACACUCCUAAGCUUACAGCAUCUUCAUUCAUACCGCGCCAAACUCUUCAAAUUCAACAAAUGUGAAGAGAAAAAAAUAUGACACCACUCCCAGGGAGCUGCUACUGCGGCCUUAUAAGGUACACCAUAACUCUCGACGACCCCGAGUCGCAAGCACGCACGAGCAUAUGCCACUGCGGUAACUGCAAGAAGUUCACCGGCGGCGAGCACGGCAUCACUACCAAGAUCCCCAGGACGGCGUUUGAGAUCACUCGAGGCGCGGAGCACGUGCAGGUGCACGAAGCGGAUAACGGGAGCGGCGUUUUGCUGCAUCGUGAAUUCUGCGGUACUUGUGGCGGGCCGCUCUUGGAGUACGGGGCCAAUGCUGGAGACAACAUAUACGUUUUCUACGGCACGAUGGAGGACCACGCCCGCGGUCAGGUUGAGCCCAAAGGGGAGUUUUUCUGCAAGGUACGGGAUCCGUGGAUGCAGAGUAUUGAAGGGUUAUUUCAAAAGCAGGAGAUCAAGCAAUAAGACCGGAGAGAUCGCCUAUUCGAGACAACGAUGUCUUAUUUGAAUAGGCUCGGUUGUAGUCUGAUAGACUAAUUUCGCGGAAACCGUGGGCGCUGGAGGUAGAAAACAGAGGUUCAAGGGGUGAAGACACAAAUUAGGUAGCGGGAGUAAAAAAGCGGAAAAGAAGAUAAGUCCUAUUAAUGCUGAACUACCUUAAACAUAGUGUAGUAUAUUAAUCCAUAUUCAAAACACCAUUUACCACGCACGCCCUCCGCAAAUGGCGUAAUAAAUUACCUAGCCGACGUACCUAGGCUGUUCGUUGGAAGUCGGGC